GUUCGCUCUCCCUUUUCCCCACCCCCUUCGCUCAGGGUGGCCCGGCCGGAAACUAAGAUGGCGGCGGCCACGGUAGCUGCUGGCGCUGCUUCGGUGGAGCUGGUGAUCGGCUGGUGCAUAUUCGGGCUCUUACUACUGGCUAUUUUGGCAUUUUGCUGGAUAUAUGUUCGUAAAUACCAAAGUCAGCGGGAAAGUGAAGUUGUCUCCACCAUAACAGCAAUUUUUUCUCUGGCGAUUGCACUUAUCACAUCAGCACUUCUACCAGUGGACAUAUUUUUGGUUUCUUAUAUGAAAAAUCAAAAUGGUACAUUUAAGGACUGGGCUAAUGCUAAUGUCAGCAGACAGAUCGAGGACACUGUAUUAUAUGGUUACUAUACUCUAUAUUCUGUUGUAUUGUUCUGUGUGUUCUUCUGGAUCCCUUUUGUCUACUUCUAUUAUGAAGAAAAGGAUGAUGAUGAUACUGGUAAAUGUACUCAAAUUAAAACAGCACUCAAGUACACUUUUGGAUUUGCUCUGAUUUGUGCACUUCUUCUUUUAGUUGGUGCUUUUGUUCCAUUGAGUGUUCCCAAUAACAAAAAUUCUACAGAGUGGGAAAAAGUGAAGUUCCUGUUUGAAGAACUUGGAAGCAGUCAUGGUUUGGCUGCAUUGUCUUUUUCCAUUAGUUCUCUCACCUUGAUCGGAAUGUUGGCAGCUAUAACUUACACAGCCUAUGGCAUGUCAGCAUUACCUUUAAAUCUGAUAAAAGGCACUAGAAGUGCUGCAUAUGAACGUCUAGAAAACACCGAAGACAUUGAAGAAGUGGAGCAACAAAUUCAAACGAUUAAAUCAAAAAGCAAAGACGGUCGACCUUUGCCAGCAAGGGAUAAACGCGCCUUAAAACAAUUGGAAGAAAGGUUACGAACACUGAAGAAAAGAGAGAGGCACUUAGAAUUCAUUGAAAACAGUUGCUGGACAAAAUUUUGUGGUGCUCUGCGUCCCCUGAAGAUCAUUUGGGGAAUAUUUUUCAUCUUAGUUGCAUUGCUGUUUGUAAUUUCUCUAUUCCUGUCAAAUUUGGACAAAGCUCUUCAUUCAGCUGGAAUAGAUUCUGGUUUCAUAAUUUUUGGAACUAACCUGAGUAAUCCAUUGAAUAUGCUUUUGCCUGUACUACAAACAGUUUUUCCUCUUGAUUAUAUUCUUAUAACAGUUAUUAUUAUGUACUUUAUUUUUACUUCAAUGGCAGGAAUUCGAAAUAUUGGCAUAUGGUUCUUUUGGAUUAGAUUAUAUAAAAUCAGAAGAGGUAGAACCAGGCCCCAAGCACUCUUAUUUCUCUGCAUGAUACUUUUGCUUAUUGUCCUUCACACUAGCUACAUGAUAUAUAGUCUUGCUCCCCAGUAUGUUAUGUAUGGAAGCCAAAAUUACUUAAUAGAGAACAAUACUACUUAUGAUGACCAUAAAGGCAAUUCAACCAUUUCUGUGCCAAAGAGAUGUGAUGCUGAUGCCCCUGAAGGUAGGGAUGAUCCUGAAGAUUCUGAUCCUCAAAUUGUUAUACUAGCAUUGAAACCUUAACAGAAAAACAAAAACAAAUCAGGAUUUCAAAAGUAUGUUGCACUGUUAAUGGGCCCUAUAUUGCUGAACUGGGAGAAUUUGUAUAUUAUAGAUUAGUAAGCUUUAAUCAAAUAAAACACCUUGACUAUCACUUUUUUAUGAAUCACAUUCAGUAUUUUUCUUUUUCAGUCUAAUUUGCAGUGCUUAAAAUGACUCCCUUUGAACUACUGAACAUUUUUCUUAAACAUUUCUGUUGACUUACGCUUUGAAAUGUUGCUUUGCAGUACAAAAACAUACCCAUUAGGUUUAUGGAUUUGAUUUAUCCUUCAAAACCUUUUUUUUAUUCUUUAGCACAUCUGUAAACUUUAAAUUUGCCCAUGGAUACCUGAACACAGUGGUAGAAAUACGAUAAUUUAAUUUGGAGUGUCUGAGUAGGUUUUUAAGUAAAAUAAUGACGAAACGAUGAAGAAGCAAAUUAGGGUAUAGGUUUAGAAAUACAAGAGUGAGGAUGGGAUGGCAUGUAUGUUGAUGGACUAGUACGGCAGUACCAUUUAAACACACUAGGAAAUCUCAGCAUGCAGAGAAAAAGACAAUAACACCGUAUUCUUUGUGACAUUUUGGUGAGAUCAUUUGACUAGAGUAGAUGAUGGUCUAACGUAAAUAACCCGUAAGGCACUUGAUAAUAACACCUUUUUCAUGUAUCUGUUGCAAGUGACAGAAUUUUGGAGAAUGAUUUUUAGAUUUAGAAACAAAAAUUAUCAUUUAGUUAAAAUUAUUUCUAAGAAAAGAUAAUCUCCUUAGAAAGAUGAUUUUAGAGCAACAGUUUCUAAAAAUAUAUAGGUUGAUCUCUUAUCAAUAUUAUGUACAUUUUAAAGAAUUUUUUCCUUGAUAUUUGUUCACGUAUGGGUGAAAUGGUUUAUUUCCUGUUUAAACAUAUAAUUUACUAAGACCCUAGUUUUAAGUGUUUGUAAAUGUUUAGGAUUCAAAAGAGAGUCAUACAUCUGAAAAUAGUUUAGAAACUUUAUGUUAAAAAUAAUCUGCUAAACAGUAGAAUGAUUUAUCAGUAAUUUUAUGAAGCAUGUCUUUCUUACUAUGUUUAUAAAGUUCUCUUAAAAUGACAAUAUUACUUAAUUUAUCCUAACAGGUAAUGCAUAGUGUAUUAUUUUCAGAGAGUCCACUGAGCAAAUUAAAUGAAGUUUUAAAUUUUAUAUGCUAUCAUGGCAAAGGAAUCUUUACAUUGCCAUUUUUAUAUUCUUUAAUUCUACUUAAUCUAAGACACAUUUAUACAGACAAUUUGUGUGAAUAUGAAAUUACUGAAAACACAAGACUGUUAAAACAAACAUACAUUUGAAAACUUCAUAAAUAUUUGAGUCAAAAUGGAAAGGUGAAGGAUCGAUAUGCCUGUAUAAACAAACACAAUAGACAUUGUGAGUAUUGGGUUAGAUUUUGGGAAAGAAAAGUGUCAGAAGAAACAUAUACAGUCUGCACCUUCAAACAGCAUAUAAUCUAACAGAGGAGCAGGAUAUGAAAAUAGAUCAUUGUUUAACACAAGGAAAAAAUGGGAAAAUAUAAUGAAAUUUUAAACAAAAAUGCUGUGGGAAGACAAAGGGGAUAAUAAUUUAUCUGUCUAGGGGUGGCGGGUAUAACAUUUCAGCUGGGCCCAGAAGAAUAAGUUAAAUCUAACUGAACAAAAAAGAUGGAGAAUAUUCUAAGCAGAGAAAGAACCUGCAUUAACAAGGCAUCAAGACAGAUACAUUUGACAUGUUGUAGUAACAAUCAGUGUGGCAGGAGCAUGACUAUUCGGGGAAUGCUGUGAAGGAUAGAACAAGUUAAUAUCAAAUGGUGGGGGCUCUUUAAUACUGUAAGAGUUUUGACUUUAUUCUAUAGAAAAUUCUUGUUUAAUAUGAGAUACAUAGUACUGGUGAAUCAAGAGACUCAAGACAGGUAAUGUCGGAGACUCUUGUAAUAUUAACCUGCAUCACCGAUAAAGGUAAGGACAUAAAAUCUGAGGCACUUAGUUUGUGGAAAAACUGCAGAUUUAUCACUAGGGCCCUGACUUCGUCCUGUAACUUGAUAUAAAAUUAAGACUCUAUCUUGUCUUUUAACCAUUGUCAGGAAUCUACUUCUACUCUGAAAAACAUGUUUAUCAGAUAUUAUAAUUUGUUCCAAGGAAUUGCUUAACACAACUUGUGGUUUAUUACAAAGUAAUCAGCCAGUCAGAAUUUAGCAUGUGAUUUCUUUACUUAAGCUACUUAUGAUAUGUAUGACUUUUAUUUACCAUAACUGUGUGACAUAUAUCCAGUCAAGCUGUGAUUAUUACAGUAUUCAUUGAUCUUCCUGUAACCGCCCUCUCCAUGAUUUAGUUCCUUUUUUGAGAGUAUAAUUUUUUGAUACUUUCCCCAUUCCUUGGAAUGCCGAUUUCACUUGUGAGGCUUGCUUUCACUGAGUUCGGUGCUUCCUCAAUUUAUAAAUCGUGUGUUGUGUGCUUCAAUAAAACUUCUAGAAUUUGUUUUGCAGAUUACUUAUUUAGUAGUUAAACCACUCUGACAAAGGAUUGUGACAAUAGGAGUAGAAAAGGAGGGAAUUAGUCAAGUGUAUUAUUUUCUGUUGCUAUUUAACAGAUUUUGACAGGUUUAGCAGUUUUAAAAUAGCACAAAUUGAUUACUUCACAGUUGUGUAGGCCAGAAGCAUGACUUGAUUUUUACCCCUGCUGAGAGUCUCACAAGACUGAAAU